UUUCCUUGACUCUUUUCCACCUGGUUCGAGUGUGUCAGCAUGAUGGUGAUUUUGCUAAACUGCGUUACCCUGGGAAUGUACCAGCCAUGUGAGGAUAUGGACUGCCUUUCUGACAGGUGUAAAAUCUUGCAGGUAUUUGAUGAUUUCAUCUUCAUCUUCUUUGCCAUGGAAAUGGUCUUAAAAAUGGUUGCCCUGGGGAUCUUCGGCAAGAAGUGUUACCUUGGAGAUACCUGGAACCGCCUGGAUUUCUUCAUUGUCAUGGCUGGGAUGGUGGAGUACUCCCUGGAUCUCCAAAACAUUAAUUUGUCUGCAAUCCGUACUGUCCGUGUCCUGAGACCCCUGAAAGCUAUCAACCGUGUGCCUAGCAUGCGCAUCCUUGUGAACUUGCUCCUGGACACCUUGCCCAUGCUGGGGAACGUCCUUCUUCUCUGCUUCUUUGUCUUCUUCAUCUUCGGCAUCAUCGGGGUGCAGCUGUGGGCUGGGCUGCUCCGCAACCGCUGCUUCAUGGAGGAGAACUUCACAAUACAAGGUGACGUUGUCUUGCCCCCCUAUUACCAACCUGAGGAGGAUGAUGAGAUGCCCUUUAUCUGCUCACUGUCAGGAGACAAUGGAAUUAUGGGCUGUCAUGAAAUACCCCCACUGAAGGAGCGAGGCCAUGAGUGUUGUUUGGACAAGGAUGAUUAUUAUUACUACAAUUCAGUGCGGCAAGAGUUCAAUAUCAGUGGCAUGUGUGUCAACUGGAACCAGUACUACAACGUGUGCCGUACCGGCAACGCCAACCCGCACAAGGGUGCCAUCAACUUUGACAACAUUGGGUAUGCCUGGAUUGUGAUAUUUCAGGUGAUCACACUGGAAGGGUGGGUGGAGAUCAUGUACUAUGUGAUGGAUGCACAUUCCUUCUACAAUUUUAUCUACUUUAUCUUGUUGAUAAUCGUGGGCUCUUUCUUCAUGAUUAACCUGUGCCUGGUGGUCAUCGCCACACAGUUCUCGGAGACUAAGCAGCGGGAGCACCAGCUGAUGCAGGAGCAGAGGGCCCGGUACCUCUCCUCCAGCACUGUUGCCAGCUACAUGGAGCCGGGAGACUGCUACGAGGAGAUCUUCCAAUACGUCUGCCACAUUGUGCGCAAAGCCAAGCGCCGCACCCUUGGGCUGUACAACAGCAUCCAGAGCUGGCGCCAGGGCAACGUGGAGCCGAGUGAUGACAAACUAGGCACGAACAGGAAAAAACAGAGGCAUUACAGACUUUGCCAGCAGCACAACUCUCUUGGCUGCCCUCCUCCAGGCUUGGUCCAGCCUGUUGCUGUGACAGCAACCUCAGAUCUCACCAACUGCCCACGAUGCCAUAGCGAGGAGCACGAAGCAUCCAGGAGGCUCUCUGUCCUGGAUAGUACUUAUUCAGACCAGGAGGAUGGAGGAGCCAAUGAAGGGGAAGGAGAGGGCAGCAGAGAGGACCAGGGUGCCUCGGCACUGGAGAAAGAGGAGGAGGUGGAAGAAGGAGGGCGGUUGAAGCUCUGCAGUGACAUGUGGCGAGAAGUGAGGGUCAAGCUCCGAGUGAUUGUGGACAGCAAGUAUUUCAACCGUGGGAUCAUGAUUGCAAUCCUAGUGAACACUAUCAGCAUGGGCAUCGAGCACCAUGAACAGCCAGAGGAAUUGACCAACAUCUUGGAAAUCAGCAAUGUGGUCUUUACAAGCAUGUUUGCUCUGGAGAUGAUCCUGAAACUUGCUGCUUUUGGUCUCUUUGAUUACCUUCGCAACCCCUACAACAUCUUCGACAGUAUCAUCGUCAUCAUCAGCAUUUGGGAGAUCAUCGGCCAGUCAGAUGGAGGCCUCUCUGUGCUGAGGACUUUCCGACUCCUUCGGGUCCUGAAGCUGGUGCGUUUCAUGCCUGCGCUGCGCCGCCAGCUUGUGGUGCUGAUGAAGACUAUGGACAACGUAGCCACGUUCUGCAUGCUCCUCAUGCUCUUCAUCUUUAUAUUCAGCAUCCUAGGAAUGCACAUCUUUGGUUGCAAGUUCAGCCUCAGGACAGACACAGGAGAUACAGUUCCUGACCGAAAGAAUUUUGACUCCCUACUUUGGGCCAUCGUCACUGUCUUCCAGAUCUUAACCCAGGAGGACUGGAAUGUCGUACUCUAUAAUGGCAUGGCCUCCACCUCACCAUGGGCUUCCCUCUACUUUGUGGCUCUCAUGACAUUUGGCAAUUAUGUACUUUUCAAUCUGCUGGUGGCCAUUCUCGUGGAGGGGUUCCAGGCUGAGGGUGAUGCCAACCGGUCAUACUCAGAGGAAGACCAGAGUUCAUCAAAUGUGGAGGAGUUUGAUCAGUUUCAAGAGGUCCAGGAAGGCCCAGAUCCCAAGCUCUGUGCAAUUCCUGUAACACCUAAUGGACACUUGGACCCAUCCUUGCCCUCUUCCAACCCACCGGUGGCUGCUGGGGGCGUCACCAAUUCUUCACGCAACUCCCUGCAACUUGACCAGAUCCUUGUUGCUGUUGGAUCCCGGAAGAGUAGUGUGAUGUCCCUGGGGAGAAUGACCCAUGACCAGCGGUCCUUGUCCAGUUCCCGCAGCUCCCACUAUGGUGCCUGGGGCCGCAGUGGAGCCUGGGGGAGCCGUCGCUCCAGCUGGAACAGCCUGGCCCGGGGACACAGCCUGAAACACAAACAUCCCUCAGCCGAGCAUGAGUCCCUCCUGCCUGGGGAAACUCACAGGGCAGCACAUGGGGAGACGGAUGGGACAGGAAGGGUAUUUCAUCACCGCCGGACACUCUCUCUGGAUAAUAAAGGCUCCUGUGACCUGCUGGAGUUGGCCUCGGUCCCAUCCGGCCACAGAGUGACCCAUAAGCUGGGAGCACUGCCUGGAGCCAGCGAGCAUCAGGACUGCAAUGGCAAAAUGCCCAGUAUUGUCAAGGAGAUCUUCCCAAAGAUGAACAAUCGCAAGGAGCGGGGAGAGGAUGAUGAAGAGAUAGAUUAUAGUCUGUGCUUUCGCAUCCAGAAGAUGAUGGAAGUCUAUAAGCCAGACUGGUGUGAGUUACGGGAAGACUGGUCCAUAUAUCUCUUCUCUCCACAAAACAGGUUUCGCCUCCUCUGCCAAACCAUCAUUGCUCACAAGCUCUUUGACCAUGUUGUGCUGGCCUUCAUCUUCCUGAACUGCAUCACAAUUGCCCUGGAGAGACCGCAGAUUGAGCACAGAAGCACGGAGAGGAUCUUUCUCACUGUGUCCAACUACAUUUUCACAGCAAUUUUUGUAGCUGAGAUGACACUGAAGGUAGUCUCUCUAGGCCUGUAUUUUGGGGACCAGGCUUAUCUCCGCAGCAGUUGGAACAUCUUGGAUGGCUUCUUGGUCUUCGUUUCUCUCAUUGACAUUGUGGUCUCAGUGGCCUCUGCUGGUGGUGCCAAAAUCCUCGGGGUGCUACGAGUUCUCCGGCUGCUGCGCACCUUACGUCCCCUCCGAGUCAUCAGUAGAGCCCCUGGCCUGAAGCUGGUGGUGGAGACACUCAUUUCUUCCCUCAAGCCCAUUGGAAACAUUGUCCUCAUCUGCUGUGCUUUCUUCAUCAUCUUUGGCAUCCUGGGUGUGCAGCUCUUCAAGGGCAAGUUCUACCACUGCCUGGGAGUCGACAUCAGGAACAUCACCAACCGGUCCGACUGCAUGGCCGCCAACUACAAGUGGGUACACCACAAGUAUAACUUCGACAACCUGGGACAGGCUCUGAUGUCCCUCUUUGUUCUGGCUUCCAAGGAUGGCUGGGUCAAUAUUAUGUAUAAUGGACUAGAUGCUGUAGCUGUUGACCAGCAGCCAGUGACCAACAACAACCCCUGGAUGCUACUCUACUUCAUCUCCUUCCUCCUCAUUGUCAGCUUCUUUGUGCUCAACAUGUUCGUGGGGGUGGUGGUGGAGAACUUCCACAAGUGCCGGCAGCACCAGGAGGCUGAGGAGGCGCGCCGGCGGGAGGAGAAGCGCUUGCGACGCUUGGAGAAGAAGCGAAGGAAGGCACAGCGUUUGCCGUACUAUGCUACCUACUGCCCCAUACGCCUCCUUAUUCAUUCGGUCUGCACCAGCCACUAUCUGGACAUCUUCAUCACUUUCAUCAUCUGCCUCAACGUGGUCACUAUGUCCUUGGAGCACUACAACCAACCUGUGUCCCUGGAGACCGCCCUCAAGUACUGCAACUACCUGUUCACCACUGUCUUUGUGUUUGAGGCAGUCCUCAAGCUGGUGGCAUUUGGUCUGCGACGAUUCUUCAAAGACAGGUGGAACCAGCUGGAUCUGGCCAUUGUGCUGCUGUCUGUCAUGGGCAUCACACUGGAAGAGAUUGAAAUCAAUGCUGCUCUCCCAAUUAACCCCACUAUCAUCCGGAUCAUGAGGGUGCUGCGUAUCGCCCGGGUCCUGAAGCUACUGAAGAUGGCCACAGGAAUGCGAGCGCUGCUGGAUACUGUUGUUCAAGCCCUGCCACAGGUGGGAAACCUUGGACUUCUUUUCAUGCUCCUCUUUUUCAUCUACGCUGCUCUAGGAGUGGAGCUCUUUGGAAAACUGGUAUGCAAUGACGAGAACCCCUGUGAGGGCAUGAGCCGCCAUGCCACCUUUGAGAACUUCGGGAUGGCCUUCCUCACACUUUUCCAGGUGUCCACAGGUGACAACUGGAAUGGGAUCAUGAAGGAUACUUUGCGUGACUGCAGCCACGAUGACCGGAGCUGCCUCAGCAACCUGCAGUUCAUCUCCCCACUGUACUUUGUCAGCUUUGUGCUCACAGCCCAGUUUGUCCUCAUCAAUGUGGUGGUAGCCGUGCUCAUGAAACAUCUCGACGACAGCAACAAAGAGGCCCAGGAGGAUGCAGAGAUGGAUGCUGAGCUUGAGCUGGAAAUUGCUCAUGGGCUGUGCUCCCGCAAGUCAGGCUCUCCAAAUUCAGGACAGGGAAAAGGAGCAGGAACAGGAGGAGAUGGUGGUAGAACAGAUCCUGAAGGACAUCUGUGCACGAGAUGUUACUCUCCAGCCCAGGAGAACUUAUGGCUGGACAGUGUCUCUUUAAUUAUUAAGGACUCCUUCGACGGGGAGUUAAUGAUCAUCGAUAACCUAUCGGGCUCCGUCUUCCACCAUUACUCCUCGCCGGCCAUGUGCGAGAAGUGUAACCAUGACAAGCAAGAGGUCCAGCUGGCUGAAAUGGAAGGAUUAUCUCUCAACUCAGACAAGUCCUCUUCCAUCCUUCUAGGAGAUGAGUCAGACAAUCGAAACACUUCUCAGCUGAGUCCCAAGCAGAUCAAGCAGGAUGGCCAGGACAGCCCUGACUCCAGUGGGGCAGACAAUCUUGGGGAAUGCCUGCUCCCAAUAUCCAGUGAGGAUGGCUCUACAAACCCUGACAGUUACCUGUGUGAAACGGAGAAUACUCCCUUAAACUCAGUCCAGUCUUGGCUAAAGCAUGAAAGUACCAAAGUCCCUCCUAGCCCCUUCCCUCCAGGUGCAUCUUGCCCUCUGUUACCUGUACCAGCAGAAUUUUUCCACCCAGCCAUGUCUGCCACCCAGACAGGGCCUGAGAAGGUCUCGAGUCCACACAACCUUCCUAAGAUCUCUCUGCAAGGCUCAUGGGCAUCACUGAGAUCUCCGAGUGUGAACUGUUCGCUUCUUCAUCAGCCGCCUGAGAGUGAUACCUCACUGGACAGCCGGAGCAGCAGCUCAGCAGGCAGCCUGCAGACCACGCUGGAGGACAGCCUCAAUCUCAGCGACUCUCCCCAGUGCACCCUGGAUCUCCCGGUGGCUCUGUGUCCCAUGCCAGCUGCGGACAGCCAAAGACCCCUGGCAGCUCCCCUCUCCCCUGCCUCCCGCCGCCGGAGCCUGCGGGGCCGGGGGCUCUUCAACCUGCGAAGUAUGUGUCGUCAUCAGCGCAGCCACAGCAGCGGCGGGAGCACCAGUCCCGGCUGCACUCACCAUGACUCCAUGGACCCCUCUGAUGAGGAGGGGGCGGGCAGCAGCCUGCGGGGGGGUGGCAACAACAGCGAGCCCUCGGAGACCCUCAGCAGCCUCUCGCUGACCUCCCUCUUCUCGCCCCCGCCACCAGGGCUGACCGUGGUGAAGAAGUGCAGCAGCACCAGCAGCCUCCACGCCAGCCCCUCGCCCCGCCGCCCCGCCACCCACCACGCCAAGCCCUUCUACACCGUUGACCCCCGGGGCUUCCUCUCGAUGCCCUCCUGGGUGACGGACUUCUGCAAGGACACCCCCUCGCCCAGGGAAGGAGAGGAGUCAGACGGCCCCGGCAGACUGAGGGCAGGGGACCGCAGCUCCCCGCUCCCUUCUGAGCUGGAGCUGGGCGAUGGUGUCAGCAAGAGAAACAGAUGAGGGUCCCUGAGGUGCAGGGAGGGAGCAUUCGGCCGCUGGCAUGGGGAGCAUAUUUCACUAGCUUCUCUCCAGCAGCAAUUCCAAAGGAUUUGCAAGAAAAAGAAACAAGCAAACAAAAAUUUAUAAAUAUAUAUAUACGUAAAUAUAUAUAUAUAUUUUAUAUAUAUAUAUAUAUAUAAUAAAUACUCUGAUACCGUACCUCAGAGGCGUGGGAGAGUGCAAGCAAUACGGGAAUGGUCCUGCCUAAGGGCAAGACCUGGACCAUCACCACAGAGACUAUAGUGACAAGAAAAGGCCGUGGGGCUUGUAGGGACAGGCCCCUCCAGCCAGGUGACUGCCACGUGGCAGCUGUUUAGUUAUAUACAUAUACAUAUAUAGAGAAAUUGAUUUAUUUAUUUUUUUUACCAAGAGAUUAAGAAUUUCAGAAAGUACUAAGGAGGAACAAGCGAAGGGGGGCUGAAGGAGCUGCUACACUAAACAGGCAGGGUGGGGGUGAAGGGAAGGGAAGGAAAGCAGGGUGAGCAGCAAGGGAAGAGCUUGCCUUGCCUGUUUUCUGGGAACUUCCUUAUUGUCCAUGCUUCCGUUUCAAAUGUUAAAAAUUGUGGGCCAGAUCUUCAUGGCAAGUGUAAAUUGGCAAAACAUGAUUGUGUGCUAUUGGUGUAAAGCAGCAGAGCUCUGGCUCGAGGUGGAUUCACGCUGAUUUACAGCAGGUGAAAAUCUGGCCCCAGCAGCAGGGAAAAGCAAACAGCCAUGGAGCACGGGAAACAUUUUGAGGUGAAAAGCCUCACUUUGAAAGGAAUGUGUGAACACAGCAGGCAUGAUCAUGGGAGGAGGGGAUGGAGGCUACAUGGCGUAUUUUUGUUGUUGUUUUGUUGGGUUUGUCUUUUUCAUUUUCCAAAGAAAGAAAACUGCUAAGGGAAAAAAUUACAAGACUCAUGGAGAAAUUUGAAGUGGGAGAGGCAGAAUGGAAGGAAGGUGGGAGGUAAAAAGGGGAGAGCAAAUUGAACUUUUCCUCCUUUCAUUUACAGUAAUUGUGAUUUCCUUUUUUAGAAGCCCAAAGGUGCAAAAAUCAACCCUAGAAAAACUUAUCUGUUAUUUUUGUAUCUAUAGCUAUAUAUAUUAAAAGCAAACAAAAACUAGAAUAUUAAAAAAUACAUAAAAGCAAAGGGGGCUUCAACAACACAAAACUCAGUCAGUUCCCUGGCCGAGGGCUAACCCUGUUCCAAGUUCUAGUGGGAAGACCCAACAAGGACAGUCUCAACUCAGUGGUGACUCUGCCUCCUAUCCAGCAUCAUCCUUUGCAUCAGUGUAGCUGGGACCAGCUGUCACUGCCAACUGUGGACAUGGAGAGCAUGGAAUACUGAUGGGUGUGGGGGGGUGUGUGCAUACAAUUGUAAGGGUGUUUAUGUACAUUCUGUCCAGGCUGACUGGCUCACCAGCUGGAGAGACGGGUGAGAGGGACAAGGAGAACUGCAUCUCUCCUUGUCUCUGCCUUGCAUGGCAGUGUGAGUGGAGAGAGCUACACUGUGGAGGGCGAGGGCAGAUCAACUCCUCUAACCAUGACCUGCCUCAGGAUCCAGGAUGCAAUCCAGUGAACACAAUCCUUUCCCAAUGUGGUUGGAGCAAGGCCUCUAGAGGCUGCGUCCCUCCUUGCUUUUCCAGAGGUAUAACUGUACAAAUCUCCUUCCUAGCAGGGCCAACCUGGAUCUCCUCCUGCAGCAAUGUCAAGGUUUUGUACCCUUUCCAGAUUUGCAGGUGGAUAGGAAAACCAGCCACUUGAGGGGGACAAGGAAUUUCAGACAUCAUCUGCCACCCCAGCAAAGUUCCACUAAGGUGUGUCAGAGAAGGUGGAGUGGGAAGGGCAGCGGGGAGAAGCCAGCCACCCAAUGGAGAUGUGAAGGUUUGGAGGCUGGUGCACUGAGAAGGAGCAGGGCUCCCUCAGGGCUUCCUGUCCCAUUUUUUCCAUCAGAACAAGAGGGCCCCUGCAGCCCUCACAGAGGUCUCCCAGCUGGCAUACGAAGCAUUGUGAAGUGGGCGGCACAAAACAGAUGUUCUGGUAUUAUUGUGACCCAUCUGACUUUAAAGCAGCUGCUGCAUCUUACAAACCAGGGCUGUAAACAGUGAGCACAACAAAUGGGACCAACAGCCAGGAAAAGGAUAAUUACUGUGUGAACUUAAUUUAUUUGCUGGAAGGAGUGUUUGCUAUGUUGCAAGUGUGCAUGCUGACUGCAGGGAGGUCAGACCUGUAAGGAGAGGAGAGCCUGGGUCCUUGUCCUUGCAGAAAGGAUGCAAAUCUAGUUUUAUUAAAGCAAUAAUAAGGGUUUUAAA